CCGGUCUGAUGACGCGGACAGUCUAUCCAGAAGAAGCCGGGUGAGAGAGAGAGAGAGAGAGAGAGCGCGAAGGUUCCCCUCCCUUAUCCCUCGUUACCUCCUCCUUUCUCCAUCUUCCACCGUCGCACCCGAACGGAGCUCAGCCAUGGCCGUCUCCCCCGAGCCACCGCACAAGCACCGUCACCACCCCAACCCUCUCUCCCACCUGCUCAACUCCACUCUCCUCUCUCUCAUCCCCAAUCACAAACUGGCCUCUCCGCCUCCGCCUUCCAAGCUACUCCUCCCCGUCCAACUCCCGGGGACCCUGUCGAUCACCUCGCCCUCCGAGUCGCCGGCCCCGCCUCAUCCGACGCCGCUCAAAUCGGCCCCGGCCGAGUCGAGCUCCGGCGCGUUCCCGUCGACGGUGCGGGUUUCGGCGAUCAAGUCGAACGGCAAGGGCGGCGGGCCGGCCUUCGUCGGGCAGGUGUUCAGCAUGUGCGACCUCUCGGGGACUGGCCUCAUGGCCGUGUCCACGCACUUUGAUGUUCCCUUCAUUUCGAAGCGAACGCCGGAGUGGUUGAAGAAGGUAUUCGCUUCGAUUACUAAGAGCGAGAGGAAUGGCCCUGUCUUCCGGUUCUUCAUGGAUUUAGGCGACGCAGUUACUUACGUUAAGCGGUUGAACAUCCCAAGUGGUGUUGUGGGUGCUUGUCGACUGGAUCUAGCAUAUGAGCAUUUCAAGGAGAAACCUCACUUGUUCCAGUUUGUUCCUAAUGAGAAACAGGUCAAGGCAGCCAACAAACUUGUAAAGACAAUAUCUCAGGGUAAUGGAAAUAGACAAAUUGAUGGUGUGCCCGUAUUUAGUGCCCAAAAUUUAGACAUUGCAAUAGCAACUUCAGACGGUAUCAAAUGGUAUACUCCUUAUUUUUUUGAUAAAAACAUGCUUGACAACAUUCUUGAAGAAUCUGUUGAGCAGCAUUUUCAUUCUUUGAUUCAAACUCGGCACAUGCAGCGGCGUCAAGAUGUGAUUGACGACAACCUGACCGAGGUUGCUGAUGAUGUGGGAGAUAGUCUAUGGGAGCCUCCAGAGGUUCAAGAAGUUUUGGAAGAGAUGGGGCAUCCUGGUAUACCUUUAAGUGUCAUUUCAAAGGCUGCUGAGAUGCAGCUACUCUAUGCUGUUGACAAAGUGAUCCUGGGAAAUCGAUGGUUGCGCAAAGCCACUGGGAUUCAACCAAAAUUUCCUUAUAUAAUCGACUCAUUUGAGCGAAGGAGUGCAGCAUCUUUAAUUAGAGCCUCUGAUUUAACCCACUAUCUCGGUGAUCGUGGAAUAAUAACAGAUGAAUCUUCUCAAGAGUCGACAGAUAAGCUUGCCUUAGAAGAAAACCACCAUGUUGACCCAGGACAAAAAGCAGAUUUCCGCUUCCCUUUUGGAGAUUGGCUAAGACAUCCUUGGUCAAAAGAACAACAGAAGCUGCAGAAAGAAGCUGGUGCUAGAUUAGAAAGCUUGUCUGGUGAACCUGUGAAGCAAAAAUUGCAACCUAAUCCUUUUCUUCCAAAAAUUACGAUGGUUGGCAUUUCAAUGGGGGAGGCAGGACAAGCCAGCAAAGCUACUUUGAAGAAAACGAUGGAAGAUUUAACGAGAGAAUUAGGACAGACUGAUCAUGGAAAUGCUACUGGUAGCAUCGACGAUGUUAGUGAGGAUAGGGAUCCGCUAUUUGUGGCAAAUGUUGGUGAUUAUUAUUCAGGAUUGGCUAAGACAGGAUCAUCUCGAUUGAUUCGAAGAAGUGAAGCUAAAAAGCAGCAUUAACAUAGUUUUGGUGACAGGCAACCGAUCUUGUAUAUUUCAUUCAACAGAGACAACAAUGUACGUGAUGUUCCCUGUAGCUCAUGUAUUAGGUUGAGUCCAUGAUAUGCUGGAAUGUAAGUUGAAUGUGCCUUUUAUCUCCUGAUGUCCAUGAUAGAUGAUUACUC